GUGCAAAUGUUUGCGGCCAAGUGCAAAUCACUUUAUGACAGUUUUUACAUAUACGUUAUUUCAAUUUUUGGUUACAUGAAUUACUCAUCAUCAUUUCAACUAAAUGAGAAUCACACCGAAUUUAAUUCUACAACUCGCACUCAUUUGGUUGCUGUCUUUUACCAUCGGAACUAUUUUUUUUCAGAGCAAGAACACUUUCUCAAACAAUGAUUCCUCCCAUAUUGAAGAAAUCAGUAAAAAAUGCAAACAACGAAUCACAACUUUACCCUUACCCAAACUUGGAAAACGCAGUUAUUUUGCCAAUUUACCCGAAAUGACUCUUUUAAGUCAAACAACAAUCGAAGGAAACACAAAGCAAUUCGUGAUUGGUUACAAGGCUUUCGAUUAUGACGAUUAUCUCGAAAAAGGUCUGCCUAAUCGACAGAUAAUAGUACUGACUAUAUCUCGAUCGUUUCUAACUCAAACUAGCAGUUCAAAUCCCAAAUGUAUGUUAUGGAGAUCUAAUGAAGACAUCAUUCCGAUAUUAGUCAAUGCGGACUAUAUUUCCAUAUCUGGGCUCAAAAAGCUACCAAUUAGCUACAACGACUACGUCGAAAUGUCUGGAUUUCUGUGCCAAAUUCCCCCAAGCCAAACCAACACCAAAUUCCAGUUCGUGUCGAUCUUCCGGCAGAACAGCGUAGAACAAGAAUCAGACACAUCGCUCAGGGAUAUCAUCACUGGCUACUUGGAGAUUGAGACAAGCAAAGAAGUGAAUGAAAAAGAACAGAAGCUGUUCGGCUACUGUGGAUCCACUUGGUACAAACUAGAGGAUCAGUCUAGCACGGAUCACUAUCGACUACUGGAGUUGUCGAUUACAGGGAGGCCCCGGCCUCCAAUUCGAGUUCUCUGGACAACUGGGACUUACUACAGAGGGUGCAGCCACUGGUGAUUAAUGAGUGCUUCAUCCGCAACAGGAACAAGUACAAGUACAUCCUCAUGUCAGACGCAGACGAGGCACUCGUACCUCUUCACACGCCAAUAUCCACUGCUGAAGCAGCAGAUGACAAAUUGCCUAACUGGAAGUCUCCUCUGGAGCGACUGCUGGAGCAUUUGGGCGUGAAUGAAAUGAGGCGCUCGCAGCUGAAGAGAAUUAAAUUCACGCGGUUCAUGUACCCUGUGCACUGUGAGGCUCUAGUAAAGCAGAUGGUACCUGACGCUUCGCACUACUACACAGACAUAGACAGUCCCUUCUAUAUGUCAAAGAUUCUGCAAGGUGGUCCUCAGAGAAAGAAUGGCAAGAGUCUCAUUCCCACCAGUCGGUGUCAGACUGUGAAUGCACACGGAUGCGAACACUCCGUAGAUCCAACAAACGACGAGACACUGCAUGUGGAUGAGCACUUAGCCAGAGUGAACCACUACCGAGAUGCACUCAUGAUAAGGUCCGAGGACGUGAACAAAGAAGAGCAUGUGAUGAAAUCGGAGUGCCUACAAAUGAUAAAUAUAGCAGUGAACAAGACAGGCGCACUUGAUAACCUCAUCAUACCAUACGUGGAUGAACUGAAGAGUAGAGUGAAGUUAAAACAAGAGUUGAUUUUCAAUCGAUUCAUGCCAUCAUGACCAAACACGCCUUGUCUAAGUCGGAAACGAAAAAAAAAACUAGUAAUUGAUUUUUUUAGACAAUGUUCCUCAUUAUCAAAAUCAGAUAAUUUUUAUUGUUUGAUGUGUAUUGUAAUUCUAU